AUGUUGGCACGCAAGCAGGCAGCUCAGUUGUUGUUCGUGGCGGCGACAGCCGUGCGUCUGUCGGCGGCGAAUGUAACGAGCGGCGAUUUGGUCCUUCGAACGGGAUCUGGCGCUGCAAAGACUGGGAACGUUCAAGUGUCUGCGGGCGAUGCAACCAGUCGUGGUGACUUUGCUGUCACAGCAAGCAACACUCGAGUUGAAGCGACAGACGGUUUGGCUGCCGUCCAUGGACCAACAGUGCGUGUGGCGGCAGCUCAAGGCAGUCUCAACUUGCUGACCGAAACGACGGGCGACGUGGUCAUCGCAACUGGUGACAACAGCGGCGCAAGCUCAAACGUCACGAUCCAAGCAGGAACGAGUUCGUCGAGUCAAGCGGGAUCGAUUGAGUUGAAGGGCGGUCGUGGUGUGGCCGGUGCAGUCGUAUUGCAGGGUGGUGACAGCUCCACUGCCAACGGAGGCUCAGUGAAGAUAACGUCUGGCCGCGGCGAGACUGCUUCGGCAGUUGAGGUUGCCGUCGGCGGCACGGUGGAGUUGGCUGCAGGUCAAGGAUUGUCUGGCGCUGGGGGCGACGUUGUGAUCAACAGCGGCGCCAACGGCGGGGCAGUGCGCGUCCAUGCCAGUGAUGUGCUUUCUGCAGCAGCCUCGUUGGUUACCGUGGAUGGCGAGUCGCUGGCUCUGGAUCAAGCAGCGGUGGUGCUGUGGACCUUCAUGCCGGUGACGGAGUUGAAGGUGGUUCUGUCUUCAUUCAGAGCGGUCGCGGAGGUCAUGAAUCGGGUGGGUCACUUUCUCUCCGUGCUGGACAAAGCGAUGAGGCCGUUGGUGGACAUGUUGACCUUCUUUCUGGCGUUGGCAAUCGCGCUGAAAGUGGUGCGGUUCAAGUCUCCUCUAUGAGCGGCCUGAAAUCGGGAAGUGUGAUUGUUUCAAGUGGAAAUGGCUCGUCAGCUUCUGGGACCAUAACUUUGUCAAGUGGAUCAUCAGGUGCAACCGUGGGUGGAAACGUGAAUGUCUUAGCGGGAAGCAGUGCUGACAAGGGUAGUGCUGUAACUAUUCGAGCUGGCCGAAGCAGCCUUCGCACAGGUGGCGACAUUCAACUUUCCAGUGGAAAGAGCGAAACAUUGACAGGCGAUGUGGCCAUUCAAUCUGCAAAUGCA